AUGCACGCGGUCUGCUGCCCGCGCCGGUCUGGGACCUCCCCCUUCUCCCCUCUCCACCUGCUUCCUCCUCUCCAAAUGCAUGUGAAAAACACGGACGAGUGUCAAAGGAAACUGGCUUCUGUUCAGUCGGCUCCCGAAUCCGGCAGCGGCCCCUCAGGGCAGCCGGCCCCGUUCCCCAGCGCCCCCCCCAUGAUGCCACCGCCCUUCAUGCCUCCCCCGGGGAUGCCGCCCCCUUUCCCUCCGAUGGGGCUACCCCCAUUGGGGCCACGGCCGCCUGCCGUACCCCCCAUGCCCCCUGGCCUGAUGCCGCCGAUGAUGCCACCCAUGACAGCGCCCCCGCCUAUGGGACAGAUGCCAGCCAUGGUGCCGCCCUUGAUGCCGGGGAUGCUGAUGCCGGGGGUGCCUGCCGGCCCCGUCCCUGUGCCCAGAGCGGCGGCUCCCGGGACAGAGCCCCUUGGGGCCCCUCCAGCCCAGCCGGCUCCCGCGCUCCUGAACCCCUUGGUGGCUGCGGUGCAGCAGAGCGUGACGGGCAGCAGCUCUCCGGCCCGCGACCUGUCCCGCAAGAAGCCUCCCUGGACUGAGCAUAAGGCCCCCGACGGGCGCACCUACUACUACAACUGCGACUCCAAGCAGUCCACCUGGGAGAAGCCGGACGAUCUCAAGUCCAAAGCAGAGCUGCUGCUGUCCCAGUGCCCCUGGCGCGAGUACAAGUCGGACACAGGCAAGUCCUAUUACUACAACGCCCAGAGCAAGGAGUCGCGCUGGACCAAGCCCCGGGACCUGGAUGAGCUGGAGGCCUUGAUCAAAGAGGAGGAGGAGGCCGGGAAGCAGCAGGAGACGCCAUCUGCCGCCUCCAGCCCGUCCCUGUCCUCAGCUGCCACCACGGACACGGAGGCCACAGCUGCAGAUGAGCAGGAGCCGCUGGCACUAGGGGCCGUGGCCGAAACCCCAGAGGAGGUCAUGCCGCUGCAGGAGGACGUGGCUGGCAGUGCCGACCCCAGCCGGCGGGAGGAGGAUGAGCGUGGGGACGCGAUGCCGAGUGCCGGCAGCUGGAGCACCAAGGAGGAGGCCAAGCAGGCGUUCAAGGACCUGCUGAAGGACAAGGGCGUCGCUUCCAAUGCAUCGUGGGAGCAGGCCAUGAAGAUGAUCAUCAAUGACCUGCGGUACAGCGCCCUGCCCAAGCUGAGCGAGAAGAAGCAGGCCUUCAACGCCUACAAGGCCCAACGCGAGAAGGAGGAGAAGGAGGAGGCGCGGCUCCGGGCCAAGGAGGCCCGGGAGGAACUGCAGCGGUUCCUGGAGCAGCACGAGCGCAUGAGCUCCACCACCCGCUACAGGAAAGCUGAGCAGAUGUUUGGGGAGCUGGAGGUCUGGGCUGUGGUCCCAGAGCGUGACCGCAAGGAGAUCUACGAUGACGUCCUCUUCUUUCUGGCCAAGAAGGAGAAGGAACAUGCCAAGCAGCUGCGCAAGCGCAACAUCCAGGCACUGAAGAACAUCCUGGAUAGCAUGAGCAACGUCAGCUUCCAGACCACCUGGUCCGAGGCCCAGCAGUACCUGAUGGACAAUCCCACCUUUGCAGAGGACGAGGACUUGCAGACCCUGCAGUCACUCAGCACCCGCCCCGGGACACCACGCCAGCGCGGCCCCUGCCCCCUGACCCCGGGGCCUCUUGCAGACAUGGACAAGGAGGACGCACUGAUCUGCUUUGAGGAGCACAUCCGCACGCUGGAGCGGGAGGAGGAGGAGGAGAAGGAGAAGACACGGCUGCGUGAAAGGCGUCAGCAGCGCAAGAAUCGCGAGGCCUUCCAGGCCUUCCUGGACGAGCUGCACGACAAGGGGCAGCUGCACUCCAUGUCCACCUGGAUGGAGCUGUACCCGGCACUCAGCACCGACGCCCGCUUCGCCAACAUGCUGGGGCAGCCCGGCUCCACGCCGCUGGACCUCUUCAAGUUCUACGUGGAGGAUCUCAAGGCACGUUUCCACGAUGAGAAGAAGAUCAUCAAGGACAUCCUGAAAGACCGCAGCUUCAGCGUGGAGGUGAACACGACCUUCGAGGACUUUGCACACGUCAUCAGCUUCGACAAGCGGGCGGCCACGCUGGACGCCGGCAACAUCAAGCUCACCUUCAACAGCCUGCUGGAGAAGGCAGAGGCGCGGGAGCGGGAGCGGGAGAAGGAGGAGGCGCGGAAGCUGCGGCGGCGUGAGGCGGCCUUCAAGAGCAUGCUAAAGCAGGCGGCCCCGCCACUGGAGCCUGGCGUCACGUGGGACGAGGUGCGCGAGCGCUUCGUAUGCGACACGGCCUUCGAGCAGAUCACGCUGGAGUCAGAGCGGAUACGCCUCUUCCGCGAGUUCAUCCAGGUGCUGGAGACUGAGUGCCAGCACUCCCACGCCAAGGCCAAGAAGCACAACAAGAAGGGCAAGAAGCACCACCGCAAGCGCCCACCAGCUGGCGGGGCAGUGGGGGAGCGGGGGCUGGGACCAUCGCCCCCCCUGCGGCUGCAGGGCUCUGACUCGGAGCCAGACGAGCAGCAUCACCGCGCACCCAAGCGCAAGAGGAGGAACCACUCGGACUCGGGCUCUGACGCCUCCUCCUCGCCCGCCUCAGAUCACAGCUCCCGGAAGUCCAAGAAACAGAAAAAGAAAAGCAAGAAGAAGAGACACAAAUCGGACAGCCCUGAGAGUGGGGCCGAGCGGGAGCGGGAGAAGGGCCGGCGGGAGCCUGAGCCCGAACUGGCCCUGGAGCCCGAGCCGGAGCGCGUGGAGCCGCGGCGCCGCUCGCCCAAACGCAGCCUGCGGCGGAUGAAGAGCGGCUGGGACACGUCGGAGAGUGAGCCCAGCGAAGGCGAGCUGGAGAAGCGGCGCCGGACGCUGCUGCAGCAGCUGGAUGACCACCAGUAGCCACCUCCCAGGGGCUGCAUUGCCUGCCCACGGGGCCUCCCCAUGCCGGAGCUUGAGCCACAGGGCUCCCCUUGGCCCGGCCCUGCUGUUGCACUGACCAGGACUGGACCCCGCUGCCCCUGUGGGACUCCCGGCGCUGCCCCUGCAGCCGAGCCCACGCCGGCUCCCGGACAGAGAACAAGCUGUCCCCAAGGAUGGCACCGACUGCGCGGCCUGUGGGUGUGGGUCCCUCCUUCCCCUGCUGUGGGCACGGGGUGCACCGAGACAUCUCUGGCACUCGGGGGACUUGGGGUUUCUUUUUUAAAUAAUAAUAUUUAUAAAGGGG